ACUCGGCUGAAGGAGGAGUGGAGUUACCACUAGCGCUGUUACUGAUAAAUUAUUUGUAAAAUGACGUCUCACGCUUUACCUGAGGGAUUCGGGGAUUUUGACAUGUUCGUGUUUGGCUCCAUCUUGCUAGUUGGUGGUUUGCUUGGUUUCUUCCUGAACAUCAUAUCCAUCUUGGCCUUCCUGUAUGUGAAGCAGAUCAGGAAUCCCAGUAACUUCUUCGUCUUCAGUCUGGCUCUCGCUGACCUCGGACUCAGCUGCAACGGUCUGACCUCCGCCUACGCCAGUUACCUCAGAUACUGGCCAUUCGGUCCUGAAGGUUGCCAAAUCCAUGCUUUUCAGGGAUUAGUGUCCAUCUUGGCAGGGAUCAGUUUUCUUGGUGCAGUAGCGUGGGACCGAUAUCACAUGUACUGCACCAAGCAGAAGAUGUUCUGGAGCACAUCUCUGACCAUGAGCUCCAUCAUGUGGAUUUUGGCACUGCUGUGGGCCGCUCUGCCGUUACCCUUCAUCGGAUGGGGCGUGUUCGACUUCGAGCCCAUGCAUGUAGGCUGCACCCUCGACUACACCAGAGGAGACAGAGCUUACAUCACCUACACACUGGCUCUCAUCCUGCUCUACCUGACAUUCCCUCUGCUCAUCAUGCACUCCUCCUACUGCUCCAUCUACACCUACUUCAAAAAGAUCCACAACUUCAAGUUUAACACAGGGCUGCCUGUAAAGACUCUGCUGCUCUGCUGGGGUCCGUACGUCAUCAUGUGUUUGUACGCCUGCUUCGAGGACACCAAGGACUUAACACCUAAACUCAGAAUGUUUCUCCCUGUUCUCGCUAAACUGUCUCCAAUCUCCAACGCUCUGCUGUACGCCUACAAUAACGAGUUCUACAGAGGAGGUAUCUGGCAGUUCCUGACCGGACAGAGACAGGUGGACAAGAAGAACUGAUGUGUGUGUGUGUGUGUUGGGUUCUCCGUGAGGAAGAGGAGGAAGAGACAGAGAGUGAGGACUCAUCAGGAGAGAUGAAGGAACUGGUUUUAAUUGUUUAAUUUGAUUAAUUAUAGUUCAUCUGCUGCCUUUGUGUCUGUCAGUGAAGCAGGAAGUGAAAAUAUCAGGGAC